AUGGCUUCCGACAAGGUUGAGAAAAAGCGCAAGAGAGACUCGGACAGACAUGAGCGUCCAAGCAAGAAGCCUGCUAUCGAGGCGCACAACCUACCUCCGCUGACCGCAAGCGUUCUGAAAGAUGACAAUGAAUUUGCUCCUGUGCUAAUCAACUCGCCUGGCUUACAAUUUCCCAAGAAAGUACACGGUUUCAAACCUUACUCCAAAUCACAGAAUGCUGUCUCGUCAUCGUCAUCUUCAUCAUCGGAUCGCAAUAAAGGCAUCACAUCCACAGAAUUGCUUCUCCAAUCAUCCGAACACCCCAAACUCGAUUUCGUGGGCAGAGAGGCCACGGACGAUGCCGAUUCGCAACUAAAGCAUUACGUUGCUAUUGUUGACCCAGCAACAAAGACAUGGCAAUUCGUCGAGGUGCGAAAAAUGACUCUGCGAAGCACCGUGAAGAAACGAAACGCAGGCGUUGCGGAAGAAGAUGCCAGCGAUUACGAGACAUCAAUUCGCGAACAGAAAAGUGCUCUUACAGAGGCCUUUGGAACAAAGGCGUCUCGCAAGGCCGCGCAGUCCUUGGCCGAGAACAGCAUGCUUGCGCCAGCGGGCGGCGGCAAGACUGUGGAAUCUGCAAUUCUGUCGUCCAUGCCUUCAGAAGCCAUCUCAAUGGCUACCAGCAAAGCACAGGAAUUACAAGCGCAGGUGCAAGCCAACAAACCAAUCCCCACCGCAAACUUGUCCGCCGAGCAUCCGUCAGAGGUAUACGCAGUUGACAAACUUGUUGCUGGUGGUCUCUCGACACUCCAUCAACUCCCCGUUCAGGAAUGGCAGGAUGCCGUGGAUGCCGGCGAAGCCAUCACAAGCACAUCGCGCUAUGUUGCGCAUCGUGUAGACGCCGUCGUCAAAUCCACCAACACCAUGCACCUGCAGAUCCUGCGCUAUAUCCUCGUGCUCUUGGAGCUUGCCAAAAACCUCAAGCGCGGCGGCAAACAAUCCGAUCCUUCAGGCAGCAAACGAAUCCCACUCCGCACUGACCUCAAGCGCAUUCUAUCCGGGGGCUCAUCGGCAUCAGCGCAACUCCCAGAUCCCGUCGUGGAAGCGAUCCGCCGCAAAUUCGCGCCCAGUGGAGUCAUGAACAAAUCCGAUAUCACUCUGCUGCACACCACUAUCUGUGCUCUAUCACUGCAUAUCCCGCCUACCCCGACCAAGGAUGGAGGCACGAGUUCCCUUGGCGGUAAUGCGGCCAAUGAAUUGGCCACUGACCCGUCAGAUCUGCGCGACGACUUGCGUCUGGAUAACCAGACUAUCACGCAGUAUUUCCGUGAAUUGGGCUGCCGGUCAGAUAAGCCGCGUGCAACGGAGUUUGCGAAAUGGGGUAUUAAGUCCAAGGUUGAGGCGGCGACGAAGAAGAUUUGUCGUUUGCGAUUGCCGCUUGAUUUUCCCAAGGUGUCGAGGGGUGGUGCACCUAGUAGGCGAUAG